AUGGUUUCUGACAAUAUGUUAAAACAAACGAAGAUAGUUGAAAGGACCAAGAAGUGGGGAAAGUAUGCUAAAUCGCGCAGAGCAAAAGUGCAUUUUAUUUCUGCACAGAUCUUCGGUCACUCAUUUGGAUUUCCUGGAUAUAAUGCAAUUUGUACCCUAGACGUUGGAGAUAAGCUUCCUACCUUAGUGUGCACUUUUGAAGAUGAAGCCUGCCUUCACCACAGGAGCACCAGUGUUUACAGGGAUGGAGAUGUGGUGAUUGGGUGUUUCUUGCCUCUUUAUUACUAUAUCUACUAUACUGCUGUCCUUGAUAUAAAGCCUAUUACAGACUUGUAUUUCAAUCUGCAAACACCCAACAACUACCAGAACUACCUGGCCUUCAUUUUUGCCAUUGAAGAGAUCAACAGCAAUCCUUAUCUUUUGCCUAACAUUACUCUGGGUUACGAGGUCCAUAAUUCAAUUUACAACCAUUGGAGGAUACUAGAGAAUUCGUUCAUUUUGCUCACAGGACAACAUGAGAUCCCUAAUUACACUUAUGGGAGAGAAAGCAAAUGUGCAGCAGUCCUGACAGUAAUGCCAUGGGGAACCUCAACUCAAAUUGGACCACUGCUGGAGCUCUACAGAAUUCCACAGGUAACUUUCGGCUCAUUUGAUCCUACACUGAUGGACACUGGCCAGUAUCCUUCACUCUAUCAAGUGGCUUCAAAGGACACAUAUUUGGCCCUUGCCAUGGUGUCCUUGAUGCUUCAUUUCUGCUGGACCUGGGUUGGCCUGCUCAUCACAGAAGGCCAGAAGGGUCUUCAGUUUCUCUCAGAUGUAAGAGCUGAGAUGGACAGGAACAGAGUCUGUGCAGCCUUUGUGAAAAUGGUUUCAAAUUUUAUACUGGAUUCAUUCCAUGGGAAUCUUGUUUUUUCAAACCAUCACGGAGAGAUUUCAGGUUUUAAAACUUUUGUCCAGGAAGCUACCCCUUUCAAAUACCCAAAUGACACUUACCUAGUUAUGUUUUGGUACAAUAAUUUUGACUGCUUACUUUCUGCAUCUGACUGUGCCUUGAAUAACUGUACACCCAAUGCCUCUAUGGCUUGGUUGCCUCCAAAUCGUUUCAACACAGACAUCAGUGAUCGGAGCUUUAAUAUAUACAAUGCUGUGUACUCUGUAGCCCAUGCUAUCCAUACGAUGCUUUAUGAAGAACUGCAAAGGCCACCACUGAGUGAUAGACAAGGAGUGUUAUCAAGGUGCCUCUCUCAACUGCAUUCCUUUCUGAAGUACAUCCAAUUUAACAAUCCUGCUGGAGACCAGGUGAACUUGGAUUGUAGAAGGAAAGUGGAUUCAGACUAUGACAUUCUCAAUUUUUGGAAUUUUCGAGAAGGCCUUAGAAUGAAGGGUAAACUAGGAACAUUUUCUUCACAUGCUCCUGAUGGCCAAAAACUGACUUUGUCUGAGGAUAUGAUAAAGUGGGCCACAGGAGUUACAAAGACGCCCCACUCAGUGUGCAGUGAAAGUUGCAAUCCUGGAUUUAGAAAACGCACUCUGGAGGGAAAGGCUGCCUGCUGUUUCCAUUGCACCCCUUGUGCAGAGAACGAGAUCACCAAUGGCACAGAUAUGGAUCAGUGUGUGAAGUGUACAGAUGCUCAGUAUGCCAACACUCAGAGAAACCAGUGCCUGCAAAAAGCUGAGACUUUUCUAGCUUACAAAGACCCCCUGGGGAAGGUUCUUGCUGGCACUGCCCUGAGUCUUACUGUCCUCACAGCUUCUGUGCUUGGCCUAUUUGUGAAGCACCGAGAAACUCCCAUUGUCAAGGCUAACAACCAGGCCCUGAGUUACACCCUACUCAUCUCUCUCACCUGCUGUUUCCUCUGUUCCUUGCUCUUCAUUGGCCGUCCCAACACAGCCACCCGCAUCCUGCAGCAGACCACAUUUGGAGUCGUGUUCACUGUGGUUGUUUCCAGUUUGGCAAAAACCAUUACUGUGCUGCUGGCCUUUAAGGCUACUGCUCCAGGCAGGAGGAUGAAGCGAUUCUUGGUGUCAGGGGCACCAAACUACAUCAUCCCCAUCUGUUUCCUGAUCCAACUCAGUCUCUGUGGUAUCUGGAUGGGGACAAAUCCACCCUACAUUGACACAGAUGCACACUCUGAACAUGGCCACAUCAUUACCCUGUGCAACAAGGGCUCCCUCACUGCCUUCUACUGUGUCCUGGGAUACCUGGGCUCCUUGGCCUUGGUGAGCUUCACUGUGGCUUUCCUGGCCAGGAACCUACCCGACACCUUCAAUGAAGCCAAGUUACUGACGUUCAGCAUGCUGGUGUUCUGCAGUGUGUGGGUCACAUUCCUGCCCGUGUACCACAGCAGCAAGGGGAAUGCCAUGGUGGCCAUGGAGGUCUUCUCCAUCUUGGCCUCGAGUGCAGGGCUGCUGGGCUGCAUCUUUGUGCCCAAGUGCUACAUUAUUCUUUUACGACCAGAGAGAAAUUCUCUUUCUGAGUUCAAAAGUAAAACACAUUCUGGAGGAAAAACAUCUUAA